UCUCCUCCUCUUUCUUCUUUCUUCUCUUCUUCUUCCUCCUCCUCCUCCUCCCUCUCCUCCUCCACCUCCUGCCCCAUUGAUGUGUUAUUAUUGGGGGGGCUGGAGCAGUAAAAAAAGAAGAAGGAAAAAAAGAGCGGGGCUCAGCAGGGAGAGGUUGAGCGCGGGGCUGAGCGCAGGCGGCGGCGAUGGAAGAACUUACGGCGUUCGUCUCCAAGUCUUUUGACCAGAAAGUGAAGGAGAAGAAGGAGGCCAUCACGUACCGGGAGGUGCUGGAGAGCGGGCCGCUGCGCGGAGCCAAGGAGCCCAGCGGCUGCGCCGAGCCGGGCCGAGACGACCGCAGCAGCCCCGCAGUCCGGGCGGCCGGCGGAGGCGGCGGCGGAGGAGGCGGAGGCGGAGGAGGCGGAGGAGGCGGAGGAGGUGCAGGAGGAGGAGGAGCAGGCGGAGGAGCUGGAGGAGGGCGCUCUCCCGUCCGGGAGCUGGACAUGGGCGCCGCGGAGCGGAGCAGGGAGCCCGGCAGCCCGCGGCUUACCGAGGUGUCACCCGAGUUGAAGGAUCGCAAAGAGGAUGCAAAAGGGAUGGAGGACGAAGGCCAGACCAAAAUCAAGCAAAGGCGAAGUCGGACCAAUUUCACCCUGGAGCAACUCAAUGAGCUGGAGAGGCUUUUUGAUGAGACUCACUAUCCUGACGCCUUCAUGCGAGAGGAACUAAGCCAGAGACUGGGGCUGUCAGAGGCCCGAGUGCAGGUUUGGUUUCAAAAUCGAAGAGCUAAGUGUAGAAAACAAGAAAAUCAACUCCAUAAAGGUGUUCUUAUAGGGGCUGCUAGCCAAUUUGAAGCUUGUAGAGUAGCACCCUAUGUCAAUGUAGGUGCUUUAAGGAUGCCAUUCCAGCAGGAUAGUCAUUGCAACGUGACGCCCUUGUCCUUUCAGGUUCAGGCGCAGCUGCAGCUGGACAGCGCCGUAGCGCACGCGCACCAUCACCUGCAUCCGCACCUGGCCGCGCACGCGCCCUACAUGAUGUUCCCGGCGCCGCCCUUCGGACUGCCGCUCGCCACGCUGGCCGCGGACUCGGCCUCCGCCGCUUCGGUAGUGGCUGCGGCCGCCGCUGCCAAAACCACCAGCAAGAACUCCAGCAUCGCCGAUCUCAGACUGAAAGCCAAAAAGCACGCGGCCGCCUUGGGCCUGUGACGCCAACGCCAGCGCUACCUUCGCGCCUCCGAGCGGGGGCCCCCUGCACGCCCUCCGCGUCCUGCUGCUUCUCGUCACCCCCGCCCGGAUCCCCGGAGCCGACCCCCCUUCCGCCCCGCCGGCCGCCCCUGUCUCGCUCUGCGCCCCGGAUCGGAGGGCCGGACUCUGCGCGGGACCCGGGAUCCCCUAGCUACCAGCCCCGUGGCUCCUGCCCUCUUUACCCGUAGGCCUAGAAUUCGGCUCGGUAGAAGCAGGUUUGGGGAAGUCUGGAGAGAGACUGCAUGGACGAGGGAGUGCUGGGACCUCUGAGCGGGGCUCGUGGCAAAGCUGCAGCGGCGGACUCGUGCAUAGGAAAAAAUCUUGUUGAUUUAAAAAGAGAGAAAGGGUAGAAAAGACAAGCCAGAGAGGAAAAAAGAGAACAAGAUCUUAUUUCUUAUUGAUAUUUGGCAUAAGCUGAAAUCGGAGAGAGAACGACGGAGAAAAACAGUUUUAAAAAUUAAAGUAUUUUAUACAUUUAAAAAUAUGGAAAAUAACCGGGACAAAUCUCAAGAGAAUUGGGGGGGGGUGUUACCAAGUUAAAUGUAUCGUUUUUUAAUGAGCUAAGACGGCAAAACAGAAGGAAGAGGUAUACUUAUUUAAAGAAUUAAGAUGAAAAAAAGUGCGCAGCUGGGAAGUUCACAGGUUUUGAAACUGACCUUUUUCUGCGAAGUUCACUUUAAUACGAGAAAUUUGAUAAGAGAGGCGGGCCUCCUUUUACGUUGAAUCAGAUGCUUUGAGUUUAAACCCACCAUGUAUGGAAGAGCAAGAAGAGAGAAGAUGUAUGAAGAUAAAGGGGGAAACAAAAACGAUGUUAAUGCAAAAAAAAAAAAAAAAAAAAAACCGAUGCCACAGACAAUGAUUCCUCUGAGAAAUAAUUAUGGCGGAACUGUCCGGACUGCUGACAGUGAAUUCUGGUUUGCAUGUUACUUGUAUUCCAUUGAUGGUGUCCCCCCUCCCUUUGCUCACCUGCACUCAACUCCAUUUUCAUCUCAGUAGGAAAAGCAUCCGGAAAUUGAUAUACAUCCAUAUAUAUAUUUUUGCCCUCCAAAGAAAAGGAGUCGGAAGGGGGAAAUUUUUCACUGAUUGUCCCAAGAAGAUAGAGAUGGGCAGAAAAUGUGGGGAAAGGAGAAGGAAAACAGGAAGAUGAAAUCGUGAAGGUACACCACCUUGUAUAGUGCGUGACACAUAGUAGGCGCUCAGUCAUUGUUAGUUCACUCCACUCCUUUUCUUGUAUUCCCUUUGACUGGUUUCCUGAAGUCCUAUUUGAGGACAGUGCUUUAUUUUUCCCAUCUCUAUCCCCUCAAAUUCACCUUAAAUAACACCCAGCUAGAUACAGGCACUAGGUUUGUGUAAAAUAUGUUGAUACACACGAACAAAGUUUAUUUUGGCUAUAAUGUGUGAACCGAGGGUUGACUUUCAACACUUGCAUUUUAUUCCACAAAGGUGUAUCUAUUCGUGUAAUCCUUUUUGUUGUUGUUAUUGUUUCAAUUCCCGUAGCUAUUUAAACCAAGAUGCCCUGGACUAAGCAAUCUGUAUCCCAAUUCUCUAGCAAGCCUCCUUAGUUUUGUUUUUUUCCUUCUAAUUUACAAGAAAGAGGAAAAGCUCUUCUAACUGAACUUUGGUAUGCAGUUGAGCUUUGUAACUAUUUGUUCUCCAUGAAAACAAAAUUAUUUAUAUUUGCCAUAUUUUUUCUAGUGUAUUAAGUUAUUUUAAACAAAAGAAGAUGCUGUUAUCUCAUGACCUGUUGUCGGUACAAAAUGUUACGGCUCCACCUCUGUUAAAUCUUUUAAAAUAAGUGCCAAGUUAUUAAUCGAAGACACUUUGCGAUCAAUUGAAUGAAAAUAGUAUUGUUUCAUUUGAUGGGGUUCGCGUCAUCUUUGUUCCAGUUACUAUUAAAAUAUCCAGGAUAGUG